GUGCGGUUCGGCUGCAGAUGCCGCUGCUCUUGCCCAGGAACAGACGUCUGUAUGACGGAUGUGAGACGGCCUGUUUUAUGGAUCACAGCGGCAUGCUGGUCUCUCUGCCGUACGAUCUGAGGCUGGCGUUUGCCAGAUUUGUGGCCAGAAACAACAUUUCACAUCUCAAAAGGUACAGUAUCGAGCACGUCUACAGGCCGAGGAAGCUGGAUCGAGCUCAUCCCAGAGAGCUGCUGGAGUGUGCCUUCGACAUCGUGAUUCCCAUCAGCAACAGUCUGCUGCCGGACGCCGAGGCCAUUUACACCGUCUCUGAGGUCGUACAGGAGUUCAGCGCGCUGCAGGUACCACACCACUUCACCACGUACAGUAUCGAGCACGUCUACAGGCCGAGGAAGCUGGAUCGAGCUCAUCCCAGAGGGCUGCUGGAGUGUGCCUUCGACAUCGUGAUUCCCAUCAGCAACAGUCUGCUGCCGGACGCCGAGGCCAUUUACACCGUCUCUGAGGUCGUACAGGAGUUCAGCGCGCUGCAGGACAGAAACUACACCAUCCACCUGAACCACACGAGUCUGCUGAAGGCCGUUCUGAUGCACAGCGGCGUCCCAGAAGACAAGCUCACCCAGGCCUCCAACAUACUGUGUGACGCCAUGAGUGAGAAACUGACGAAGCGCGAAGUGGAAGCCAAAUUCUGUAACCUGUCCUUGUCCAACAACAGCUUGCAGACGCUGUAUAAGUUCAUCGAGCAGAAGGGUGACCUGCAGGAGCUGCUUCCUCUCAUAAACUCGCUCACCAAACAGAAGAGUUCAGCCGUCGCUCAGAUGGCCAAACAGGGCCAGAAAGAUCUAGAAGAAGUCAUGAGCCUCCUCAAGAAACUGGCCGUUAAACUACAGGUGGUGGUGAAUCUGGGUUUGGUCUAUAAGGUCCAGCAUCACUGCGGCGUCAUCUUCCAGUUCGUGGCGUUCAUCAGGAAACGCAAACGCACCGUUCCUGACGUCUUAGCGGCGGGCGGACGAUACGAUCAUCUGAUCAUGGAGUUUCGCGGGCCGGCGGUGUCCGGUCCGGUCCCGACGGCAGUCGGCGCCAGCAUCGCUCUGGAUAAGAUCUGCUCGGCUGUGGCCAGUCUGGAGGAAGCGCCUCCUGUGAGCUCCUGUGACGUUCUGGUGCUUCCUGUGGGCCAGUCCUCCACCAGCAGAGCCAUUAAAGUCACUCAGAAACUCUGGGCGGCCGGAGUCUCUUCAGACAUCGUCUAUGACAUCUCGCAGUCACAGGAAGCUCUUCUGGAGCACUGCAGACAAGCUGGAAUCACAUUCAUGGUGCUGGUGUCUGAUAAAGAAGGACAUUACCUGAAGGUGAAGUCUUUUGAGAAAGACCGUCAGUCGGAGAAGAGAAUCCCCGAGUCGGAACUAGUCGAUCACUUCAUCCAAAAGAGCCGGACCAAACUCUCUGAAGAGAGAAACAGAGAGAUUUCCGAGAGUGCUUCUCUCCAGAAUCCAAAGGGAUCAUUACUGGGAAACUCAGGUCUGUCUGAGUCACAUGGGAACAACACCAUGAAUGUGAACCUCGUACCGCCUGAGAAAAUCUCAGCCAGCUCCCGACGGAGAUACGAGACGCAGAUCCAGACACGACUGCAGAAUCUGAGCAGCAACUUACAGAACAAGAGCAACGACAUUGAAGUGCUGGCUGUCGAUCUGCCCAAGGAAACCCUCAUCAACUUCCUGUCCCUCGAGUUUGAUGGUGAGGAGCAGUUCAACAUCAGUGUGAAGACGCUUCUCUCUCGGCUGCCCAAACAGCGCUACCUCAAAUGCAUCUGUGAGCAGAUCUACCACUUCAAGAUCUCCAAAAGGGUGGCUGUGGUGGUCCUUUACAGCUACAGAGACGAUUAUUACAAGAUCCUGCUCUGAUCUCUGAUUUCACUGCAUUUUAAAGCUUUACAGAUUCUGUCGUUAAACCAAGCGGAUUCGAUGCCAAAGGCUGAUGAGCGUCAUCUGAAGGGUCCAGUCAUCAAUCAUAUUAUUAACGAUUCCUGUGAAAUCACGUGAUUGAAUACUGUACAGUCCACAACUGAAGGAAAUAAAAUAUUUUCCUGUA